AUGGCUCUCGGAGUCCUUGAACACAAUUCUGGCGCUGGGCACCAUGUGCCGGGUACUGUUUUACUCGAUGCUGAGACAAAUACAGCAGAGCUCGAGCUCUCGGAUCUCAGGAAGGGGACUGGAAAGAACGCUCAUGUGAUUCUGGUGCCUCAGCCUUCCAAUGACCCAAAUGAUCCGCUCAAUUGGCCGCUAUGGCAACGAGAUUGCAUACUAAUACUGUUCUGUUUUUGCACGGUAUUAGUGACCGGAGGCGUCGGUCCCCUCUUAUCGUCGAUGGCUCUUCCGAUCAUGACGGAAUUCGGAAUCACGUUCACGGACUUCUCGCUGCUCACCGGUUACCAGCUAUGCGCAGCUGGGGCCACUGGCAUUUUCAUAUCCGCAUGCGCACGCAAAUAUGGAAAGCGACCCACAAGUCUGUUUUCCAUGUCUGCUGUUCUAGCAGGAUGUAUCUGGGCUGGCCGUGCACAAUCCUAUGGUUCUUUGGUUGGUGCUCGAGUUUUGCAAGGUCUCGGACUGGCAUUUUUCGAGAGUGUUACAUUUGCCAUCGUUGGUGAUCUCUUCCACGUCCACGAGCGAGGGAAGCGCAUGGCAAUAUAUGUGAUGGCCCAGUCCGGUAUUGCCAAUCUGCCGUCGUCCAUUGCCGGAAAGAUCACGAUGGAUCUUGGCUGGCGCUGGGUUUUUUACCUGCUAUCUCUGUUUGUCGGCAUUGGAUGGCUCUGUUGUGUCCUCUUCGGUUGGGAGACUGCCUUUAACCGUCGUGCAGUAUACAACCUGGAUACGAAUUCUAACGAUACAGCGACCGAAAUAUCAACUGCAGCGCCUGCCCGUGAGCAUUACCUUGGGAGGAUGAAACCCUAUCAUGGCUCAUUUUCGGAUGAAUCGCUCCUCAAGAUGCUUACGCGGCCUUUCUUUGUCCUGAUCAAUCCAGCGGUCGCCUGGUCCAUUCUGAUGGUUUCAUUUUGUUCAGUGUGGGUGAUUGGCAUAUCCCUAGUCAUCGCUCAGAUUUUCUCUGCGCCUCCAUAUUUACUCAACACGGCCCAAUUGGGUUACAUAGCGUUUGGCCCAGUCAUCGGCGGCUCUAUUGGAUGUAUAAUUUGCGGAGCACUGUCCGAUCCUGUGGCUCGAUGGAUGACGAAACGGAACAAUGGCAUUUAUGAGCCUGAAUUCAGGUUGCCACUGAUGCUUCUCCUGCCCUUCGUUUCCACCAUCGGGUACUUCCUCUUCGGCAAUCUCAUUACAGAAGGCAAAAGCCCUGUUGCUGCUGCUGCCAUGUGGGGCGUCGUCUUCGUCUCAGUCCAAGUCGCAGCGGUGUCCACAGGUGCUUAUAUUGUUGAUGCUUUCCGGGACAUCAGCGUCGAAGCUUUCAUCAUAUCCAUGACGGUGAAAAAUUUCCUGUGGUUCGGAUUUUCUUACUUCUUGAACGAUUGGCUUGCUACAAAGGGAGCUUCCUCGAUGUUCGGUACUAUUGGAGGUAUCCAGCUUGGGCUUUCUCUGACAACCAUUCCGAUGUACAUUUACGGAAAGAGAACUAGGGCCUGGUGGCACAGCAACAACGCUCUCCGUGUUCUCAAUUAG